AUGAGCAACGACCCUGAAUUGUACAAGAAACUCGUCGACGAUGAAGAAGAUGUCGAAGAACAGAUGAAGAAGCCUUUGGUGACAGCCAAGGCGACUCCCAAGAGUUCGUUCCGCAUGCCCUGCGUCUGCAAGUGUCUCUUGAUUACCACUACUGUCUUCUUCUCCUUGACGCUCGCUGCCGGAGUCGGCGGCUACUUUUGGAUGAAGGACUUUGUGGAUCAUUUCACGGUCACUACUCCUUCUCCUGACUUUCCUGUAGUGGACAUGACCGGUGAGGAGUUGCAAGUCGUGGAGGAUCGUGUCAAACUCUUUGUGGAUCAGUUGGUGGCUGGCGAACACCCCGCUGAAGAUCUCACUGUAACUCAAGAUGAAAUUAACGGAUUCAUUGGCCACAGCGACUACUUGCGUGGAAACGCCAUGGUCACUCUCCACAAGGACAUUAUCAAGGAGGAAUACUCUUUCCCCACCUGGAUGCUUCCAGGAGGAAAAGAUCGUUACUUUGUUGGCCAUGACUACAUGAAGCUCAAUGAGGAGACCAACUCGAUCGAGAUGGAGAUGGAAACUGCGGCCAAGCACUCUGAUUGGUUCGAUGGUCCUCUCUACUUUGCCCAACUUCAGUGGUUGGUCACCAAGAACAAGCAAGACGAAGGCAAGACCAUGUUGCAGUUGUUCUUGACCAAGGGCAGCUUCUUCGGACAGGAAGCACCUCAGGAUUACAUUGAGAAGCGUGAGAACUUGUUGAAAAGCUUGUACGAGGAAGCGGACUGUGAGGAUGCCAAGGCUGCUCGCGCUGUGAUUGCUGGUAUUGAACACGUUGUCAUUGAAGAGGGCAAGAUUAUCGUCAAGCCACGCAAGGCCUAA